AUGGCCUCAACAGAGUACACCCCUGAUGAAUCUCUGCUCAGAGGCAAAAGAAAGCAAGAUCUCCAAGAGAUACUGAGAGAAGUGGGACUGGAUUCUGAGUUCUGGAUGCCUAAGCUGGAAGAACACCUGGAUGUGUCCUGUACUCCGGCCUUACAAUACUUAAAUGAAAAAGACCUCCAUAAACUGAAAUCCUAUGCACAGCAUCCAUGGGAAAAAAGGGCCCUGGAGAAGCUGCUUGACCCUUCACAUUCAAAUAGUCUUCCAGAGUUACAGGACUCUCCAAUGGAAAUGGCCAAGAAAAGGCAAGAGCAAGCAGAACAGGCACUGCAGGAGCUGAAGGACUUGCUGUCAAAAGGAAGGCAAAGACAGGAAGAGUCAGUGAGGAUUAAAGAAGCAGAGCUGAGGCAAGCAAUGGAGAUCCCUGAAGAGUAUUGGCCACCUUCUGAAAUACCCCUACAAGAAGUCAUAGAAAACCUGCAGAGACAAAUCAAUCUUAUGGAACAGACACUGUCCCAAAGGCAAAACUUCUCAGAUCGUGAUCUGGUAAGAUGGGCAUCUGGAGGCCUUGCCCUACAGGGCAUUUACAAAACCAGCCAGCAAGGGACCCUGAUUGAGAAGAGAGAAGAGCUACUCAAUGUCCCCGAGGAGGUUUUACUCUUUGGCCCUCAGCAGGGUGCAUGGAUGGAAACAAAGGAAUUUACAUCUUUGCAAGAAGAAUCUAUGUUCUCCCAGAGUAUAGAGAAGCUGGGCUUCAGUGUAACUGCCUCAUUCAAGGGUGGAGGAUGGAGAAUUAAUCUAGAAGCUGGUAUAGACCAAGGCAAACAUUCAGAAUCCAAGGAAAUUCAACAAUCACAUUCUGAACACUCUUACUUCUGUUCAUCUAAGUUUAGCUAUGUCCCCUUGGCCUCAUGUCACUUUCCUGUUGAGCAGCUCAAGCUAUCCAAGGCUGCUGUCCAGGAAUUGAAAAGCAUUGAAGACCUCCUGGAUCAUGCAGCGGGCUCAGAAAGAUUUCCCUUGAUAAGGCACAAGACUGAAAACUUCUUCCACAGGUUUGGUUCUCAUGCUAACCAAGGCCCUCUGCAUCUUGGGGGAAUCUACUGGUGGAAGGCAAUUUCAGAGGGUUUCCAAAAGGAGCGGUUGGCUGAUGUAAAGCAGCAGGCAGCAGAGGCCCUGGAUAUUUACAUAAGGGGCAGCUACAGUGGCUUUGGAGUGAAAGUUACUGCAGGUAUAAAUGUGUCAAACUCACAAGCAAAAGCAUCCUCUCAAAGCAAAAACUUUCAAAAUCUCCAAACCAACACUCAGUUAUCUGUGACCCAGAUAGGUGGCCCUCCAGAAGCAGAUGGCCUUCUCCAAUGGAAAGCUGGACUUGUGGCCAACAAUCAAACCUGGUGUGUCAUUGACCGGGGCCUUCAGCUGGUACCAGUUUGGGACAUCAUCCUCUCCAGCCACAGAAGUGAUUUUAAGGAUGCUCUAAAGGUGAUUAACUGCCUGAAAGAUAACUACACUGCUCUGACUGGUCUCACUGUCCAGAUACAGGAAGGAGAGGAAUUACUGAGUGCUGGGAAGGAGGCUAGGGUUUUCCUAGAUGAUGUGAAAUCUUGGGAGGUAUCUGACCCCGAAGAGCAGCUUAAAAACCUGAUAGAUUUCAUGCAAAUGUCGAGUCAACAAAUAAAAGGUUAUGACAUUUGGAUUAAUAACUGCCUCACAGAUUGGGAUCUGCAAAACUUUCUUGUAAACACUGUCAACUUUUGCAAAAAUUCUCCCAUUUAUAGAACAAAAUUUAUUAAAUCACAGUUGUGCAGCCUUCUGGAUCCCCAUAUCUACCAAGUAAAAAACUUUCCUCAAGCUCACUCUAUCAUGCAGUGGAUCUAUCAGUCAGAGACAGAGCAAGAUCAAAUCAACAUCUCCCAAUUUUCUGAAUUAAUUAAAACCUUAAAAGAAAUCCAAAGAAAUCUUGUGGAAGUAAAUGUCAAGUCUGAGUCCCCAGAAACAGUAGAAGAAGCUCAAAGAAAGGCUACAUAUGAAGUCAGCAUAGCUCUCAGCUGCUUUUUAAAUUAUCUCCAAGAAAAAGAGCAAUCAGAAACACAGCUCUUGCUACUGUCCAUUGCAGCUGGUGCAGGAUAUCAGGUGGUGAACAACACUUUUCAGUAUCUCCUAGGGUGUGAUGAAUUAAAUUUUCUACUGGAUGAAAUGGAAACUGCCCACAAUAAAUACCAGGAGCUCAAAAGUAUUUGUAGCUACAGGGCUCAGGCAUUCCUUCUGCUCACAGGUCUGACAGCCACAGUUGGAGUCACAGCUAUUUCUCCAAAAGAGAAAAUACAACGCAUGGCAUUAAUGAGAAAUCACAUGGAACAGUCAUUGUCUGAAGAAGUUGCAAAUGUCCUCACCAAACUUGGAGCAGAUCAUGAUUGGGAAAAUCUAGAGAAAGACUUGAGAUUACUUAUUGAUGGGAAUUACAAAGCCACUGUAUCUCCUUUGAAAAUGGAUGAGGUCAAAAAACAAUUGCAAAGUCUUUUCCACGAAAAGAAACACUCCCAGGAACCACAUGAUGAUGAAAAAGACAAGUGGGAGGUGAUAGAAAAUGCAGCCUUUCUGGACUUACUCCAGCGUCUAGGCCUAGAACAUUAUUACCCAAAAAGGAUGACCAGAGAUAACUUUCAUCUAAUCUACAAGACUUCUGUGUACAACACACAGCCAAGUUCUGAACAGGAACUUCCCUUCUAUUUCCUACAAAAGCUACUGAUGCUGGAUUAUGGACUGAGACACUUGGUCUUCAAAGAUAACGGAAAUACAGGACACCAAAUCUAUCCAAGUGCUUCCAAUGAGGAAAAUGAGGCAUUUGAUCCAUAUGAAGAUCUUUUGGAAGAUAGUGAUAGCCUCACUAAUCCUUCAACUACUGAUCGCAGACCCCACAUUCACCCAAUGGAUAUUCAAAUGGCAAUUUUUCACUGUGCAGAUUAUUUUGCCAGACAAUAUAUUUUGGCCAAACUUUCCAUUUGUCAAUUUGCCAUUCCCCUUGUGGUGCCUAACCCUUGCACUUCGCAAAUUGAGUUCUCUCUUUGGUCUCUAAGUCAAAUUAGAAGAAGCUGGCAGCAAGCAAGGAAAUUAUCAAAAGGGAGAAAAAACAGUUACAAAAAUCAACAGAUGUGUCAUGUCUCUACCUCCAUUGUGUCCUUCAUUAGAGUUGGAAAUGGCCUCUCUGCUUCCAAAUCUCAGAUCAUGAACUGUCUGCUCAGUAAACGUAAACAUGAUGUGUUUUUUCACCGACAUUGCAAGGGAAGCAGCAAAGACUGUCUCCUGAUGGAGGGUGUGGUGGAAAUCUGCUGGUACUGUCCUGGAGGGGAAGAUGAGGACAGGUUUGACAACUGUGUGACCUUCAGCAAUCUUCAUGGAGAUGCGAAGGAACACAAGCAGCAGCUCACCUUUCUGCAAGAGAUCUCUUCCAUCGUUGUAGUCCUCAUGUCAGCUUCUGACAACAAUGAAGAAAGCCAGAAGACUGUCCGUGAGUUGUGCCAGUCAUCCAGACCUUUGAUCUUCUUGCUUGAUGACAAACAAAAAACAACAGCCAAUAAUUCUGGCAGAAGAGUUAGAAUUGGCAUCAGGAAUAGAAAUGAGGCAGAAUUAACAGAAGAGCUCACUACUACAAUCACACGUUUGCUAGAGCUUUCUGACAUUGCUCUCAGCUUAGAAGACUGUUCUCAGAUUGCUUGCAAACAAGGAUUUCUGAUUGAUGAAGACCAGAGUGAGUGCAAGGAAGCCAAAGAAAAGGCAGAGGUUAUAAUGGCCCUCCUGGGAGAAACUAAUUUAUCUCAGAUGAAGGAAAAUUUAUUGCCCCUGCAGGGACAGUUGUGGCAUCUUUGGUGUAAGAAGGACAAAGAAUUUUAUCAUUUGAGAGAAAAGGGGAACAGGAGCAUUGAGCAACACAAGAGUGAAAUUGAGACAGAUAAAAGAAUAAUUCGGUGCCAACAGAUGGAAAAAGCAUUUCCUCUCAAUGAUUUAAUGCAAUCUGUCCUCCAAAUUCUCCAAGAACAGUCAGAAACUCAUACCAAACUCUACUUCUUUCAGUGGUUGAGUGUGUUUUUGGACAAUCUGACCACAGGACACUUGGAAAAACUGCGUGAAAAGCAAAGGUCUUUGUGGUCAAAGAUACAAACAGAAAAGCAAAAGGCACAAAAGAGCAACUACCUGAAACUCUGGCAAAAUGAGAUAGAGGCCAUCUCCACAGAGAUCAGUGACUGUACCUUGGGAAUUGAACAGCUUCUCAGAGAAAUUGGCCAGAUCUAUGAAGCUUUAGAAGAAACUUCUUCCACAAGAGAUAUCCUUUUUCUUUCCCUUCCCCAAAUUGCUGCAGACCUGAUGAUAUCCGGCAUGCCCAUUGAGUUGAUGGACGGGGAUGCUUCCUAUGUGCCCCUGAAGUGGGUGGCAGCUAUUUUUGAUGAGGUCUCUAAAAAAAUUGGAGACAAACGACUGUUCGUUCUUUCUAUCCUGGGCCUGCAGAGUUCGGGGAAGUCCACCCUGCUGAAUGCCCUUUUUGGGCUGCAGUUCAGCGUCAGUGCAGGCAGGUGCACCAGGGGAGCCUACAUGCAGCUCCUGAAGGUGGAGGAGACCUUUGCACAGGAACUUGGAUUUGACUUUAUGCUAGUUGUAGACACAGAAGGACUCAGGGCUCCAGAACUCAACAACAAAUCCCAGAACUGGGACAAUGAGUUGGCAACCUUUGUCAUUGGACUUGGAAACUUGACUCUGAUCAAUAUUUUUGGAGAGAAUCCAUCAGAAAUGCAGGAUAUCUUACAAAUAGCUGUCCAAGCCUUUCUGAGGAUGAAACAAGUAAAAAUUUUCCCAAGUUGCCUCUUUGUCCAUCAGAAUGUGGGAGAAGUUACAGCUAAUGAUCAAACUAUGGAAGGACGACGGUGUUUGGAGCAGAGACUAGAUGAAAUGGCAGUAACCGCUGCUGAACAAGAAGAAUGCUCAGACAUAACCCACUUCAGCGAUGUCAUUAAGUUUGAUGUUAAUACUCAUGUCCACUACUUUGCUCAUCUCUGGGAUGGCAAUCCGCCAAUGGCCCCUCCUAAUCCUCGCUAUAGCCACAAUGUCCAGGAACUGAAAGGCAGAAUUCUCUUGACUGCCAAACAGGAAUCCAGGGGAAGCAUCAUGAAAAUAUCAGAUGUAAAAUUCCGAGUUCAGGAUUUGUGGAGAGCCCUGGUCAAUGAGAAUUUUAUUUUCAGUUUUAGGAACACCAGAGAGGUCAUGGCUAUGAGCAAACUGGAAACCAUGUAUAACCACUGGACCUGGGAAUUAAGGAGUCACAUGCUGGAAUUGCAGAAUCAGCUGAACAAUCAGAUUCAGAAUGGAAGAAUUCAGAUACUCAAAACAAGCAUGUUUGAGAUUCCAAUUACAGAAAAAUAUACAGUCAUCAAACGUGAACUUGAAAAAUAUUUUAAUGAUGAUACAGACAGUGAAAUAUUGGUACAAUGGAAAGCAAAUUUUGAAAAUAAGUUAAUAAUCCUUAAAGAGGCUCUUAUUGCAGAUAGCAAACAAAAAGCCAAUGAGUUUAUUCGUUUAAAGAAAAAUCAAGAGAGACUGGAUAAAAAAAAGACAUGCUAUGAAAGUGAAUUACUGGAAAGAAGCCGAAACUUGGCUUUAACUGUAAAAGGUAAAGAAUUGAAUGAUGAAGAGCUACAUGAGAAAUUUAAUCAGCUUUGGAAAAAAUGGAUCUAUGAUGUGUCCUCAGAUCUUCCUCAAGUCACAGAGCCUGACAUUGAUGUGGAUUCUGAAAACAUUCUUUGGGAGUAUUUCCAGAAGGAGAUAAACUUGGUGGACUUACUAAAGAAAAAUUCUGGUGAGAAGUUUCAAAUCAAUUAUGAAGAGCAUGUCAAAAUGAAUAAGAAGUACAACUUUAUGACAAGGACAUUAAAGACCCAGGACAAAGAAUCCAUUAAUAUGACAACUGACCUCAUUAUUUCAAGAUUUAAUGAAACGAUUAACAACAUUCGUAGGCAACAAUGUGAUUACAAUCCAAGUUAUUUUCAUGAAAUCCUGAGAACAAUAGAUGAGGAAGUAAAAUCUGCACCUACUGAGGAAAGAUACACAUUUACAAGCAAAUACAACAUUGAAUUAUCUUUGUGUUUAUUCCAAAGAGCAUCAAAGAGUUUUAAGGAAAUGCAUAGGGCAUUCAAGAGAGCAAAUGAUCCUGUAAACUAUCUGGAAAGCAAAAAAGAUGAUUUCUUCAUGAGUUUUAAGAUCUCCUGUCAAGGAGCAACCUCAAUCAAAACAUUUGUUGAUUUUUUGUGGCACAAACUCACCCCUGCUAUCUCUGCCACCAUAUGGAGAAAAAUGAUCAUUAAAAUUGCUGGGGACAUGCAAGCUACCUGCCCUGAAUUCAAUGGAAACAGGGCUAACCUGGAGAAACACAUUCUCAUCUCUCUGGCAGAAGAAGAAAACUUUGAUAAUUACUGGCAAUAUCUUCAUUACACAAAAUCUUUUUUUAGUAGUUACAUUGAAAACCACAUUAAGAGAUACUGUACAGAAAAAUGUGACAAAAUAAAGACUUUCUUAAAACUAAGCUUAGAUGACAUCAAGAAUGCCAUCCUCUCUGCUCUUCGUGAAUCCACAGCAGUAGCUAAAGAUAAGAGCAGCACUGCCUCUGGAUGGCUGGACUUCUUCUGUGAUCACCUGGGGAACAACUUGAUCUUUCCACGAAAAGAUCUGAUAAGCAUUGAACACCAGGAGAUAAAAGAUAUAGAAUUUCUCAAAGAAGCCAUGAGUGCAGCUUUGGAUCCUGCAAUAAAGAAAGUUGAACAGAAAUGUUCAAGUAUGCCUACUGAUGAAAUGGUUUCUGAAAUUGAGAAAAUCCUCUCUGAGCAUCUCUGUGGCUGCUGGAAACAAUGUCCCUUAUGUAAUGCAAUUUGUACCAACACCAUUCCUACACACGAAGGAGACCACAGCGUUCCAUUCCACCGUCCUCAGGCUGUCAGUGGGUGGCAUAAGCAUAAAACAGACCACUUUGUCAUUGAUUGCUGUACCAGUUCAGUAGCAAGUGAUCGUUUCAUGAUUUUUGGAAAUGAUCAGAAAAUCCCCUAUAAAAACUAUCGGCAAGCAGGAGGGGAUUAUGCCACAUGGAGCAUCACCCCAGAUUCAUCCACCCAACCAUAUUGGAAGUGGUUUGUUUCACAUUUCAGAUCAAAACUAGAAGAAAAAUAUCAGAAAAAAUUUACAGAUACAGGUAAAAUCCCUGAUGCCUGGGCCAAAAUUACAAAGCAGGAUGUGCUCGAUGACCUAAAAAAACAGUAG